CGACCACGCUGUGCGUGCUGGGAGCAGCCAUGGCGGAUGGUCCUGUAACUGAACUGCUGCUGCGCCGGCUUGAGGCAGCGGAUGGUGGCCUGGACAGUGCGGAGCUGGCCGCGCAGCUGAACGUGGAUCACCAGGCGGUGGUGGGCGCCGUGAAGAGCCUACAGGCCCUAGGCGAGGUCAUCGAGGCUGAGCUUUGCUCCACCAAACGCUGGGAGCUGACCACUGAGGGAGAGGAGAUUGCCCGGGAAGGCAGCCAUGAGGCCCGUGUGUUCUUCAGCGUGCCCCCAGAAGGCCUGGCACAGAGCGAGCUCAUGCGCAUGCCCAGUGGCAAGGUGGGCUUCAGUAAGGCCAUGUCUAGCAAAUGGAUCCGUGUGGACAAGAGUGCGGCGGAUGGGCCCCGGGUGUUCCGAGUGGUGGACAGCGUGGAGGACGAGGUGCAGCGGCGGCUUCAGCUGGUCCAGCGGGGGCAGGCAGAAAAGUUGGCUGAGAAGGAAAGAAGCGAGCUCAGGAAGCGGAAGCUGCUGACUGAAGUGACCCUGAAGACCUACUGGGUGAGAAAGGGCAAGGCCUUCAGCACCAGCGUCUCCAAGCAGGAGGCAGAGCUGAGCCCAGAGAUGAUCUCCAGUGGCUCCUGGCGGGACCGACCCUUCAAGCCAUACAACUUCCUGGCCCGUGGCAUGCUCCCUGACAGUGGCCACCUGCACCCCUUGCUCAAGGUCCGCUCCCAGUUCCGUCAGAUCUUCCUGGAGAUGGGGUUCACCGAGAUGCCGACCGACAACUUUAUCGAGAGCUCCUUCUGGAACUUUGACGCGCUCUUCCAGCCCCAGCAGCACCCAGCACGGGACCAGCAUGACACCUUCUUCCUGCGAGAUCCAGCUGAGGCCCUGCAGCUCCCAAUGGACUAUGUGCAUCGGGUGAAGCGGACCCACUCCCAGGGUGGCUACGGCUCACAGGGGUACAAGUACAGCUGGAAACUGGAUGAGGCCCGGAAAAACCUGCUACGCACACACACCACAGCUGCCAGUGCUCGUGCCCUCUACCGCCUCGCCCAGAAGAAGCCCUUUGUGCCGACCAAGUACUUCUCCAUUGACCGUGUGUUCCGGAAUGAGACCCUGGACGCCACACACCUGGCUGAGUUCCACCAAAUUGAGGGCGUGGUGGCUGACCAUGGGCUCACCCUGGGCCACCUCAUGGGUGUCCUACGGGAGUUCUUUACCAAGCUGGGGAUCACUCAGCUGCGUUUCAAGCCAGCCUACAACCCGUACACCGAGCCCAGCAUGGAGGUGUUCAGCUACCACCAAGGUCUGAAGAAGUGGGUGGAAGUUGGGAACUCUGGGCUCUUCCGCCCGGAGAUGCUCCUGCCCAUGGGGCUUCCCGAGAAUGUGUCUGUCAUUGCAUGGGGCCUCUCCUUGGAGCGCCCGACGAUGAUUAAGUACGGCAUCAACAACAUCCGGGAGCUGGUGGGCCACAAGGUGAACCUGCAGAUGGUGUACGACAGUCCCCUGUGCCGCCUGGACUACGAGCCAAGGCCCCCGCAGACGCAGGAGGCUGCGUGACAUGGCCCAGCCCCCGAGUGCCUGUGCACCCUGCACCAGUGACCCCCUUAUUUAUGAGGCCUCUGUGAGGCCAGCCCC